AUGGUGGAUCUAGAUCUAAGGACUAAUACUGAUGAUCGGAUGGAACCAAUGGGAGAAACAAGGCCCUUCAACCUGGGGCCUAAGGAGGAACAGGUUACUACCAUUGGAAGUGAGUUGGAGGAGGACCAAGCUAGGUCAACCGGUGCAAAGUUAAAGAAAAAUAAGGAUCUGUUUGCCUGGAUUGCCGCCGAUAUGCCCAGGAUACACCCAAAAAUUAUGCCACAUAAGUUGGCACACUGCGAGAGGGCAGUGGAGAAUGUGUACGGACUUUAUGGAUCUCAACAAAGCUUGGCCCAAGGAUUCCUACUUGCUACAAAGUAUCGAUGCGUUGGUGGAUGGGGCUUCGGGGUUCCAAGUGUUAAGAUUCCUGGAUGCAAUGCGGGAGCUACCUACCAACGUUUGAUGGAUAGGGUCUUUUCCAGUCAGAUAGGUAGAUGCAUGGAGGUCUACGUGGAUGACAUGGUGGUAAGAAGUCGUUCAGUAGAAGAGCAUGUGAAGGACCUAGCGGAGGUUUUUUAUCAAGUGCGAAAGUACAAUAUGCGCCUUAAUCCGGCCAAGUGCACUUUCUGGGUACCGACGGGAAAAUUUCUAGGCUUCGUGCUAACAACCAGAGGAAUAGAGGCGAACCCCGACAAGUGCAGGACGAUUCUUGAGAUGAGAAGCCCCCAGAAGCUGAAGGAGGUUCAGAGGUUGGUAGGAAGGUUAACUUCACUAUCGCGCUUUAUUCCAAAGCUGGCCGAGCGGAUAAAACUGAUCGUGAGAAUCAUGAAGAAGAGCGCGGGUACUGAUUGGGAUGACCAGUGUGAGCAAGCCUUCAACAAGGUUAAGAGCAUACUCGUCACCCCACCAGUCAUGGGACGGCCUAAGUCAGGGCAUGCGUUGCAGUUGUUCCUGGCAAUUUCGGAGGACACUGUCAGGUCGGCUUUGGUGCAGGAACAACCCGAGUUUAGACUUGUGUACUUUGUUAGCAGAACGUUGCAACCCACGGAAACAAGGUACAAACGAGUCGAGAAGAUCGCUUUGGCUCUACUGAUGGCACCACGGCGCCUGAGACCGUAUUUUCAAAGUCACCAGGUCAUAAUGAGUACGGAUCACCCGAUCGCAAAAAUCCUACGAAAGCCAGAUCUGGUAGGGAGAAUAGUAGGAUGGUCGGUGGAAUUAUCUGAAUUCGGGUUACAGUUUGAGCCACGAGGAUCAGUCCGAGGACAACACUUGGCCGAUUUUGCGGUCGAAUUACCUUGGGAAGCAAAAUGCCCCUGGGCAUGGACCUUGUAUGUGGAUGGAUCAUCCGAGCGGUCCGGGGGAGUAGCAGGAAUUGUUUUGGAGGGACCAGAUGAUUUUGUUGUUGAGCAGACGAUCGUCUUUCGGUUAAAGAUAAGUAAUAAUCAGGCUGAGUAUGAAGCAGUGAUAGCCGGCCUCGAAUUGGCUAAGGAUUUAGGGGCGGUUUCGGUCAAAUGUCGGACUGAUUCCCAAUUGGUGGUGGGACAGCUGAAUGAAAGUUUCCAAACCAAGGAUGAUCAGCUGCUUCGCUAUUAUCAUAAGGUAAAGGAGUUGGUGAAACAAUUCUGGACGGUGGAAUUCAAGCACAUGCCGAGAGAGCAGAAUGUAAGGGCGGAUGUCUUAUCCAAACUCACCAAUUGUAAGGGGAAGGAUCACUUGUCGUCGGUCAUAAGAAAUUAUUCAGAAGUAGGAGAGUGGCUUGUGCAUCCGGGCGGUCGAGGCCAAGAAAGCCGCUCGGUUCUUACUGAUAGAGGGGAUCUUUACAAAAGAGGGUUCUCUUUACCAUUGUUAAAAUGUGUGGCCGCGGAGGAGGCCGAAUAUGUUAUGAAGGAGUUACACGAGGGGGCGUGUGGGAUGCACACUUGGCAGCAAGCGCUUCGAGCGAAGGUGAUAAGAGCAGGCUAUUUCUGGCCGACGGUGGAGAAGGACUACAAAGAAUUCGUGCAGAAAUGUUUGAAGUGUCGGGAGCAUGGCAGGAAUCUCAAACUGCCACCGGUAGAAUUGCACAGUCUGAUGUCUCCUUGGUCGUUCGCGCAAUGGGGAAUAGACAUUGUUGGACCCUUUCCAAUGGGCCGAGCUCAGAAGAAAUUCCUGUUAGUAGCAAUUGAUUAUUUUACUAAGUGGGUGGAAGUAGAGCCGCUCGCAAUAAUCACGGCGAUGAGGGUUCAAAAGUUAGCGUGGACACUCAUAUGCAGGUUUGGAAUUCCCAAAACCAUAGUUACAGACAAUGGGCGGCAAUUCGUUGAUAAAGGCUUGGGGGACUUCUACAAAAAGCUAGGAGUUAAGCAUGUAAUGAGCUCGGUCGAGCAUCCACAGACGAAUGGACAGGUGGAAGCGGCCAAUAAAGUCAUUGUAGCGGAACUAAAGAAAAGGUAUGGAGAUGCUAAGGGAGCCUGGGUGGAUGAGCUUCAAGAAGUCCUUUGGGGGUACCGUUGCACACCGCACGGUACAACUGGAGAAACCCCUUUCAACCUCACAUAUGGAAUGGACGCUAUGUUACCAGUCGAGGUAGGGGAACCUACUAUCAGAAGGGGGAUUUAG